GCAAACAAACAACAAAGGGGCGUAUCUGCUACCUGAUAAUAAUGGCCGACGUACACAGUGCUGUCUGGGCUGGUGACUUGAGAGCUUUGCGAGAUGCCAUCAGGAGGGGAGAGGAUGUCAACAGUGUGAAUAAUUGGAAUGGGUGGACUCCACUCAUGAUGGCAGCCAAGUAUAGUCACACUGACUGUAUUAGACAGCUGCUCUCCUCAGGAGCUGUGGUGGACCUCGCUGACAAGCGUGGGUGGACUCCACUCAUAAUGGCAGCCAGUGAAGGUCACACAGACAGUGUUAGACAGCUGCUCUCCUCAGGAGCCGUGGUGGACCUGGCUGACGAGGAUAGGUGCACUCCACUCUAUUGGGCAGCCUGUAAAGGGCACACUGAUUGUGUUAGACAGCUGCUCUCCUCAGGAGCCGCGGUGGACCUGGCUAACAAUGAUGGGCGGACUCCACUUAUGAAGGCAGCUAGGGAAGGUCACACUGACAGUGUUAGACAGCUGCUCUCCUCAGGAGCCGUGGUGGACCUGGCUGACAAGAAUGGGUGGACUCCACUCUAUUGGGCAGCCAGUAAAGGGCACACUGACUGUGUUAAAGAGCUGCUCUCCUCAGGAGCCGUGGUGGACCUGGCUAACAAGGUGAGUAUCUGAUACUAUGUCUAUAGGCAACAUGCUGGACAUUACCCGAGGCCGUGCCGUGGCUAGCGGGUAUAGUAGUCGUCUGGUCUGUUUGUUUGUGUGUGACACAGUCUACUCCCCUGGAUUCCAUAGCACUGUGUUUACAGCAUGGAUAGCCUUCACACAAGUUAUUAGUUUUCAGAUUUUGAUGUUAAAGCUUCGUAAGCUUGGACUUACACGGCUAGCUAGCUACACCUGGCCUUUAUUUCGAGGUACGUAUUUACAGCUAAAGUGAUCCCGUACCAGGAACAAUGGAACAGGGUCACUAAUUUAAAAGUACAUGUAGAAAGCCUAGAUAUGAUUGUGGUUGUUGCUUCUUUGCUUAUCCUAGCCCCAGAACAUACUUCUAACACUCCAGUCUUCUUUGCUGACAUUGCUGUGAUCCUAGUCCAUAUACACUACUCAAACUCUAGGCUAGCUCCUGUUACUUGCUGCUUAGGAAACAGGAAAAUAAUUUAGUAUACUUAACAAACAGCUUUACAUGUACCUAUACUUCUUACAGUAGUUAAUGACUGAACAGAGCUGUCAUUUGUACCUAAACAGAUAACUCUUAAUGUGCUAUUACCAUGCCAGUAUCGCUCUGUCAGCAAAGUACAUGUCAUACGCAUUAGACCACUUUACCUCUUACAAUGUACGUCUCAUCCCUUCAUAUGAUCAUC